CCCUGGUGGGUUGGCGUUAAACCUUUCCGACGAGGUGGGUCGACGCGGAUGUAGACGCCGCGAGCUGCUGCUGCUGCUGCUGCUGCUGCUGUUGCUGCCGGUAGCGGUGCGCGUGUUCCUCCCCGCGAACCGGGCGGAAGGCGGCGGCCGGGCAUGCAGGUGAAGAGUCCCCGGGAGUCACACCGGGGCGGUCGGGACACCAUGCUGGAAGCGGACGAGCCCCGCAAGAAGUCCUCGUGCUUCUCAAAUAUCAAGAUCUUCCUCAUUUCGGAAUGCGCCCUCAUGUUGGCUCAGGGCACCGUGGGAGCGUACCUGGUGAGUGUGCUGACCACCCUGGAGCGGCGCUUCAACCUGCAAAGCGCCGACGUCGGCGUGAUCGCCAGCAGCUUUGAGAUCGGCAACCUGGCCCUGAUCCUGUUUGUCAGCUACUUCGGCGCCAAGGCGCAUCGGCCCCGCCUGAUCGGCUGCGGGGGCAUCAUCAUGGCGCUCGGCGCCCUCUUGUCCGCUCUCCCCGAGUUUUUGACUAACAAGUACGAGAUCGGCGACACGUGGAGGACUCACGUGGGGCGGGACGUGUGCUCCAAUGCCAGCAGCAGGGAGGUCCAGUUGGCAGAGGACACGGCUUGCGCCAACAAGACCAACACCAACAUGAUGUACCUGCUGCUAAUCGGAGCUCAGGUCCUGCUGGGGAUCGGAGCGACGCCUGUGCAGCCCCUCGGGGUGUCCUACAUUGACGAUCAUGUCAAGAAGAAAGACUCGUCCCUCUACAUAGGGAUCCUCUUUUCCACUCUGGUCUUCGGGCCUGCCUGUGGCUUCAUCCUGGGCUCCGUCUGCACCAAGUUCUACGUGGACGCCAUCUUCGACAUAGACAAGCCCAGCAUCACCCCGGAAGACCCGCGGUGGAUCGGGGCCUGGUGGGCGGGCUUCCUCCUGUGCGGCGCGUUACUCUUCUGCUCGGCGAUCCUGAUGUUCGGCUUCCCUCAGUCGUUGCCCGUCAAGGACAAAGAGGAGGGGCCGGACAGCGAGCAGGCCAUGCUUCCUCCGGUUCCUCUCGGCCCAGACUCUGAGACUCCCAAGCCCAGCAACGGCGCCGUGAGCAACCACGAGCGGGCCAACAGCCCCACCUGCUGUCAGCAACUGAGGGUCAUCCCCAAAGUGACCAAGCAUCUGCUGUCCAACCCGGUGUUCACGUGCAUCAUCCUGGCCGCCUGCAUGGAGAUCGCGGUGGUGGCCGGCUUCGCCGCCUUCCUGGCCAAAUACUUGGAGCAACAGUUCAACCUCACCACGACGUCGGCCAACCAGCUGCUAGGCAUGACGGCCAUCCCGUGCGCCUGCCUCGGCAUCUUCAUGGGCGGCCUGCUGGUGAAGAAGCUCAACCUGUCCGCGCUGGGCGCCAUCCGCAUGGCCAUGCUGGUCAACCUCAUCUCCACCGCCUGCUACGUCUCCUUCCUCUUCCUGGGCUGCGACACGGGCUCCGUCGCGGGGGUGACCGUCAUGUACGGCAACAACACGUUGCAGGUGGGCAAGAAGCCGGAAGCGCCGUGCAUCAGUCGGUGCAACUGCUUCACGUCGUCCAUCAGCCCCGUGUGCGGCUCCAACGACGUCACCUACCUGUCGGCCUGCUUCGCCGGAUGCACGCACGCCGUCGCUCAGAACCUGAGCGGAUGCGCCUGCGUGUCCGCCGAGAGCGAAUUAGCCACGGCGGUUCCGGGCAAAUGCCCGACGACCGGCUGCCAGGAGGCUUUCCUCAUCUUCCUGUGCAUCAUCUGCUUGUGCAGCCUGGUGGGCGCCAUGGCCCAGACGCCCUCCGUCAUCGUCCUCAUCAGGACCGUCACCCCCGAACUCAAGUCCUACGCGCUCGGGGUUUUGUUUCUUUUGCUCCGACUCCUCGGCUUCAUCCCGCCGCCCCUGAUCUUCGGCGCGGGCAUCGACUCCACGUGCCUGUUCUGGAGCUCGGACUGCGGCGACAAAGGCGCUUGCCUGCUGUACGACAACCUGUCCUACCGGCGCUUGUACGUGAGCCUGGCCAUCAUCCUGAAGGCGGUGGCCUUCCUGCUGUACACCACCACGUGGUACUGCCUCCGCCGCAACUACAACGCCUACAUCAAGAGCCACGAGGCCCACAUGGCGCCGGCCGACUUCUACCCGUCGCUCACGGACGCUCCCAAAGUGGACAGGACGCAGUUCAUAUACAACCUGGAGGACCACGAGUUUUGCGAAAACAUGGAGUCGGUUUUAUAGGACCCGGCCGGCACCAGGACGCCCGUUCUGGAUUUUGCCGAGGAAUUUCGGCCCUGGCCGCCGUUGCUGCUGCUACAACUCGCCGUCCUGGUAAAACAAGGGUCCAUUGUAGCAGGGGUGGGUGGCGCUGGUACGGUUGAAAAGGGAAGUUCGUGGUGAAUUUCCACGGGAGGUUAAGAUGGGAAAUUUUGGAAAUAAUCAACCCGACGGCAUUUGCUAAUUUACCAAAUUUUGCUUUGCCGCCCCCUGGUGGGAUGUCAGUGUCAUUGAUAUCCAUCCAAUUUUCCAAGCCAUCGUUUGGGACAUGGUAAGUUUCUUUCGGCUUGUCCCGUUAGGGGUCGCCAUACGCACGUGUUAUUAAAAAAAAAAAAAAAAUAAUAAUAAUGUCAUUGCCCAUCAAUGCCACGAGGUGGUGCCAAAAGCACUUGUGGCAUUAUAAGCAAUUGCAAACCUUCUUCCUGUCGAAAUAGAGACAAAAUAAAACUCCCCGUGGCAACUUUCCAACGUCGGAAAUCCUCCCGCAACCGUCGUCGGGGGGACGAAGACGACGACGCGUUUAUUUAGAGCCGAGAUCGUUCCGUGCUUUGACCGCUCGUGCAGCUCCGGCGCGGCAGCGGUUAAGCGCGCCACGUGACCGCGCAGGCGGGCGUUUCGAGGAGCGUCGGGGCCACUUGGAAAAUAUGGGACUAGAAUAUUCUCAAAACGGAAGUCGAGAGUUCAAAUGAAGUAUUGCGAGAAGCGAUGUUUUCAUAUUGAUAUGCGUUUGUUUGUAAAGAUUACAACAAUACAACAAUGUGUUUGAAAUAUUACGAAAAUAAGAGAGAUAAAGUUGUAGAAUUACGAGGUUGCCAGAUUACCGGAAAUAAUACAAUAAUACUACAUUGACUAGAAUUAUUACAAGGAUGAAGUUGAAAUGGAAAAUUACAUGUUGAACUGGUACAAGAUUCAAUUUGAAGCGAUAAAAAAAUGACAAAUGACAAAAAUGCGUUAUUUAAAGCCUACAUCCGAAAUUUGACAAGUGGCCUUUGAAAACGCUCCGACCGAAGUUUGUGGCUGCUGCCCCGUCAAGCUGUUUACAAGUCAAGUGCGAAAACCCCGCACCCCCCCCCGACUAUUGACUCCCGUGGACACCCCCCCACCCCCCACCCCACCCGAAACCUUUUCGACGACGACGGUCACGCCGCAAUCGCUCCCCGCAAACGUCGCGCCGUCUUUUUCCCGUCUGCCGUGACUUUUCUUUCACCCCAACCGAAUUUGUCUUAAAAAAGGGAGUUUUUUUUUUUUUUUUUUUUUUUUUUUUUUUUUUUUGUACCGAUGAGAUUAUUGUUCUUUGGAUUGCGACACUUCCCCGGGUGAAAAAGUUCCAUUUUUGUGUGUACUGACGAAGUAAAAAAAAAAAAAUAAUAAUAUGAGGAAAAACGAGUAAUAUAUUUAUCUUUUUGAAGGCCAGGAUGGUCUAUAUUCGAUGUCAACAUUAAAAGAUAGUCUGCGUGGUAGUAGAGAAGAGGAUGGUUUGCAGUGAGAGUAGACGAAACGUGUCGCACAUCAGUUUUUGCGCUAGCUCCGAAUCCGCAUCAGGUCGACCCAACCAACCAACCAACGUUAAGUUUAUUUCUAUUCCCCCCGCGGAAAGAAUUGGACUACUGAUUUCUCCGCAGUUCUAGUUGGAACCUUUUCGUACACUUUUUUUUUUUUUUCUAUGCCAUAUGUUUUUCUCUGGAAUUGUUUUGUUUUUUUUUUUUUUUCAAUGAAAAAGUACAUUUGUGCACGGGUUGGGGGGGGGGGUCGUUCCCCCCGCCCCCAAAUGGUAGAAAUCAGCAAGCGUCAAUCGGAAGGAGGUGGCCACUUAGCUAAAUGUAUUUUUAUAUUAUCCAACGUUGCAUGUAGUAAUAUUAUGUAGAGGGGAACGGAUGAAAAUCAUCUUUAUGGAAUAAAAUCCCCGUUCAACAACUGCA